AUGCUCCCCAGCGCCCUGGCGGCCCACGCCGGCGCGUACUGGGACGUGGUGGCCUCGUCCGCGCUCCUCAACUUCCCCGCGGCGCCCGGCUUUGGCAACCUGGGCAAGAGUUUCCUGAUCGAGAACUUGCUGCGGGCUGGGGGCGCCCCGCCGCCAGGGCUGCAGCCGCCCCCGCCCCACGGCCCGGCAGCCGCUCUGGCCUCGGCCGCCGCCACCGCCACCGCAGGCGCGCAGGUCCGGCCCCUGCCCGCCAGCCCCGUUCCCCUGAAGCUGUGCCCAGCCGGCGAGCAAGUCAGCCCCGGCGGGGCGCCCUAUGGCACGCGGUGGGCUUUUCAAGUGCUCAGCCCCUCGGCGGACGGCGCAAGGCUGCCAGGCCGGGCUCCGGGGGACCGGGACUGUACCUUCCAUCCUUCAGCCCCAGCGCCUUCCAAACCUUUUUUCCUGACUGCCCCGCCAUUCUACUCCGCGUGCUGCGGUGGGUCCUGUCGGCGCCCUGUAUCCCCCACUGCUUUUCCAAGAGAGGAGAGUGUGCUGCCUCUCCUCACACAGGACUCUAAUUCCAAAGCUCGAAGGGGUAUUCUGAGAAGAGCUGUCUUUUCUGAGGACCAGAGAAAGGCUCUGGAGAAAAUGUUUCAGAAGCAGAAAUAUAUCAGCAAAAUAGACCGAAAGAAACUUGCCAUCAACUUGGGACUAAAGGAGUCACAGGUGAAAAUUUGGUUUCAGAACAGAAGGAUGAAAUGGCGGAAUUCCAAAGAGAAGGAAGUGCUUUCCGGCAGGUGCAUCCAGGCAGUGGGCCUUCCAGAGGAGCCCCUGGCGCGGUCCGCGCUGGGUUUCCCUUCUCCGUGCUCUUCUCUCUGGGACGUCGCCCAGCAGCACACGAGCCCAGGAUGGAGGGAGGCUUCGCCAGAGCCCCCAGAAAGACUGACGCCGGGGAGAUCGGGGGCACAGCCCCCAGAAGCGGAGUCACUGCAAGGUGCCUUGUACUUGUGUUCCGAAGAAGCAGCUGGCGACAAGGGAGGACUCACCGGGCCGUCUGAGGGGAAGCAUUCCUCCGUGUUAAUUUAA